UGUAGCCUGUUGUAUGUUUGCCGUCUUCCCCUCGAAGCUGGGUCUUGUCUCUUGUCCUCUGUGGAAAACAUAACUAAGUAACCAAAAGCAAAGAAAAGGAGCAUGGCGGCUGCAAGAGCCGGGACGGGAAUACUAGUAUCACGGCCGGUGACAUUUGUAACUGGCAAUGCCAAGAAGCUCGAAGAGGUUAAAGCCAUAUUGGGCCAAUCAAUUCCUUUCCAGUCCCUCAAGCUCGACUGUAUUCUGCCAGAAUUGCAAGGAGAGCCUGAAGAUAUCUCCAAAGAGAAGGCUCGUUUGGCUGCUCUCCAGGUAAACGGGCCAGUGUUGGUGGAGGAUACUUGUCUCUGCUUCAAUGCCCUAAAGGGUCUUCCUGGGCCAUACAUCAAGUGGUUUCUUCAAAAGAUUGGUCAUGAAGGUCUGAACAACUUGCUGAUGGCAUACGAGGAUAAGUCAGCUUAUGCUCUGUGUGCAUUUUCUUUUACUCUAGGCCCAGAUGCUGAACCUCUUACAUUUGUGGGAAAAACACUGGGAAAAAUAGUUCCUCCAAGGGGCCCAAACGAUUUUGGAUGGGAUCCAAUCUUUGAACCCAAUGGAUAUGAUCAAACAUAUGCAGAGAUGCCAAAGGAAGAAAAGAACAAGAUUUCUCAUCGUUCUAAGGCCCUUGCUCUUGUGAAAUCCCACUUUGCUGCUACUGGAUACACUUUCUUGACAGAUUGCGCUUCAUAAAAACAUGAAAUGAUGAUCUCCGGGAUAAAAGGAGAGAAGGUACUUGGGAAAUUGCGCUGCACUGUGCAAACCUUUUCCAACAAAAUAAUUGCAAGGAGGGUAGCAGUGAUAAGAAAACGUGAGCAGGAUAUGGAUGUGGAGAAGGAAGACCUUGCAGGUUCAGCUGUAAAUGCUGAAUGCACGAGAGAUGACAGGUUCGGCAAAAAUGUUUGUUUAAAAUCCCCAUGGCUGUAUUAAUGUUGUCAAGUUGGGGAUGGAAGGGAAAAUGGUCCCAUUUCUUUACAUGCUUUAUGGAUUGGUGACCCACUUCACAUGCAAUGCCAUGUGGUUUUCCAAUCGAAUUAUCCCUCUCUGCCCAUUCAAUAACUUGUUUUUUUUUUUUUCUUCCUCCAUAAAAAAAAAAAAAUUUCCUCCCAAUAAUUUCAGGCUUUUUAACUCCUACCUCUACCUCAUACCACUAUUUUUGGUUGUAACAGUAUCUAAAAUGGUCCCACCCGCUUAUUUUCUUUUAUAUUUAACUCAUUCACGUGCAACUCUGUAAAUACAUUAAUCAAACCCAUUGUUUUGGAAUCAAAGCCAAAUAAUUUCCACCUCAACACUUUUGUUUUUUGUAGGUAAUACAUCAUUUCUUUGAUGGGAAAAAGUAAUCGUCCUUGUUGCAUGUGCAUGUGCAUGUGCAUGUGCAACCAUCACUACUGCUGGCAGGUAGCGGAACAUAAAGAGGGCAACCAGACUAAUUUUCCACAUAACCAUAAUUCAACACACAAAAGUAAUAUUAUAAAUAAAUUGCUUUCAUCUCUUCGCUAAAGAAAAAGCAAACAGAAAAAGAGGAAAAAGAAAAGGCAAAAAAAAAAAAACCAAAGUGAAAGAACAUCACUGCUAUUGCUAUGCAUCAUCU